GCAUGUCUCUUGCAAAGUUUGGCCUCGCUUUACAGCUGCUGGUGCUGACAGGUGCCGCUGCUAGCCAGCCAGCUCUCCAUCAUCCACCCGCUCCAGCGUUGAGGUUUCUAUAUCACCUCAAUAGCACCCUUGGAGAACCGGUCUCUUUCGGUCCCGGCCCAAGAGGCACCAAGAUGUCUAUCCCUAUUCUCGGCGGGACUGUUGAGGGCCCUAACAUCCGCGGCGAAGUUAUGAGUGUCGGGGCAGAUUGGGGGACCAUUGACGCGAACGGCACCUUCAGAGCCGACGCUCGCUAUCAGUUGCGUACCAAUGAUAGCGCAGACAUCUUUAUACAUGUCACCGGCCCAACACAGCCAAACGGACAGGUCUUGAACCACAUCACUUUUGAGACCGGCAGCGACAAGUAGUUCUGGCUGAACAACAUCGUUGCUGUCGGCAUAUCCACCUUGGGGAAGACCACAGUCGCAGUUAAUGUCUGGGAGAUGGUCAAUGAACAUUAGUGGAGUACUCUGGACCGGAGGAUAGAAGCG